UCGUUUUUAAUGCGACCCAAUUCUCUACCAUAUCCACGAUUCGGUAGCUGCUGCUCGCACCAUCUCGAUUCUCGCAGUGUUCUCGUCAAAAUGGCUGCUCGCACCAUCUCGAAGUUUCCACUAACGACAGCUCAAUUCACAGACUCCGAUAGCAGAAGACGAUUCGACCUUCAUCCUUCGCGUCGGGUUCGGGCCCUCAGGCUCAGACAACACGGUCUGCCUCACCCAUGGCUUGGCACCAACAAUCUCUCGCUUCAGUCCUCCCAUAUCAGACCUUCCAUACUAAAACGCCGACCCGUCUCUGCCACGGUAUCGUUCAGCCUCCCCACUGCAAACCCUGAGAGACUUUCCUCGACUGAAAAAGUUCCCAAAUGGUCUAGGAGGGCUAUCAAGUCAUUUGCUAUGGGGGAGCUGGAGGCAAGGAAGCUCAAGUGCCCAACUACCGGGACUGAAGCCCUUCUCAUGGGGAUUCUCAUCGAGGGAACUAGUUUGGCUUCAAAGUUUUUGCGGGCAAAUGGAAUUACACUUUUCAAGGUUCGCGAAGAAACAAUCAAGUUACUUGGGAAAGCUGACAUGUAUUUUUUCAGUCCUGAGCAUCCUCCAUUAACUGAAGCAGCUCUAAGGGCCCUUGACUGGGCUAUUGAUCAGAAGCUAAAAUCUGGUGAUGGUGGGGAAGUUACGGCAUCUCAUCUGCUUCUUGGCAUAUGGUCUGAAGUUGAAUCGCCAGGUCAUAAGAUCAUGGCUACCCUUGGCUUCAAUGAUGAGAAAGCCAAAGAACUAAAGUCUUUAAGUUCUGAACCUGGACCUGUUGAUGAUUGAUACACUCAUUCGACAUGCUUGUUGUUACUAUUAAUGUAAUUCUGUUUUAUCAAUAGUGAAUCAGUGAUACCGCAUGUCCUUUGAAGUUGCGCGUUCUUUCAUGAAUACAUAUUCAUUAGGUUAGGACUUCACAGAUUGCUUCCCUGUUGAGCAUGCCUAUGUAAGUUGUCCUCCCUAUGGAUACGUUUUAAUUGAAUGAUUGUUUCCAA